UGUGUUUUUAAUAAAAUUUUUGAGCUGCGUCGCGCGAGAUUGGCGCUCUUUUAAUUUUUUUUUUGUUCGAAAAUAAACAAGAAUUCUGAAUUUUGUUUUUGUUUUUGUUUUGCGAUGGAUUCUGAUAAUGGUGGACGAACACGACGUGCAUUAAGCCGUCAAGCUGUAAAAAAACAAGAAGCAUUAGAACGGCUUCGUUCGUUGAAAAAUACUGGACAAAAAAAUCGUCUUGUCAAUGUGGAAGAAUCAUGUGUUUAUGAAGAAGUUGAUGAAGAAUCAUAUGCAAAAUUAGUUUCAAAACGACAACGUGAAGAUUGGAUUGUUGAUGAUGAUGGUUCGGGUUAUGCUGAACAUGGUCGUGAAAUUUUCGAUGAUGAAUAUGAUUCGUUUGAUGAAAAUGAUGGUGAAUCUGGACAAAAUAAUAAUGCAGAUCGUUCGAAACAACGAAAUAAAUAUCGCUUGAAAGGAAAUCAAUCAAAAGAUCAAAGAGUUGAUGAUAAUAAAAAAAGCGAUAUUCGAAAUAUGUUUAGUGCGAUGAAUAAAUUGAAAACUACAACAAAACAACAUUCAAAACUUUCACCAAUGGCCAUCAAUUCAACAUUCGCUGCAAAAAAAUCACUGAAUGAAGUUCAAAUUGAUGAUGAUGAAAUUGAAAAUCUUGUCGAUUCGAUAACAACGAAAUCAAAAUCAUCACCAAUGGUCGGUGGAAAUGGUAAUUUUCAACCACUGAAAUUACAACGUAAACAGGCAACAAAUAUUGGUGUAACAACAACACCAAAUAUGAGUGCGAAAAAACGAAAAACAAUCGAUUCAUCAUCAUCGACAACAAAAAAUGGUUCAUCAAAUUUACAACCACCAUUUAAACGUCGUUCAAAUGUACAAAAAGAUUUUGAUUUUGAUCAAAUCAUUGAUAAAGAAGAAAUUGAUAGAAACAAGCAGCAGCAGCAAACAGUUGAGAAUAAAAAGAUUUCAAUCAAAGAAGAACCAAUGGAUGACUAUUCCCUGAAUGAUUUGGAUUUCACUUUACCCGAUCAUAAUGAUGAUGAUUUGGAUGAUGAUGACCACAAUCAAAUUUCAAUGAAAUUAAAAGUAGAAAAAUUUCCCGAAGAAGAAUGGAUUGUUACCGAAAGUAAUGUUGAUCAAGAAACCGAAAACGAUUCAAACUCAACAGCAACUGCUUCAACAAAAAUAACAUCACAGCAAAUCAUGCCAAAAGAUAUUGAAUUCGAAAUGGAUUCAGAUCAGAAUAAAUUAAUGAAAUUUUAUUGGUUUGAUGCAUUUCAUGAUCAGAAUUCACAUUCAGAUCGAAUAUUUUUAUUUGGAAAAAUUUAUACGGAUUUAUCAUUGAAACAACAUAUUAGUUGUUGUUUACAGAUAAAAAAUCUUGAACGUCGAAUAUUUCUUCUACCACGUGAAUAUUUUCGUGAUGAUCGUAGUCGUCGUGUUCGAUUGGAUGAUGUACGUGAAGAAUUUGAACAACAAAUUGCACCAUCAUUAAAAAUACGACAAUUUCGUUCAAGAAAAGUAUAUAAACGUUAUGCAUUCGAAUUGUUGGACGUACCUGAUGAAGCUGAAUAUUUAGAAGUUUUAUAUCCAGCCAUUUAUCCAUCAUUAUCGGUAAAAUUUCUGGAAGGAAAUACUUAUCGUCAUGUUUUCGGUACACAAUCAUCAAUAUUGGAAAAUUUUAUUUUGGAUAAAAAUCUUAUGGGUCCAGGUUGGUUAUUGAUAAAAAAUCCUGAAAUUUCGGAUCAACCAGUUAGUUGGUGUAAAUUAGAAUUGACCAUAUCGGAACCAAAAGAUCAGAUUUCUGUUCUGGAACAAACCACCAAUGAUAAACUUCGACAAUCUUUGCCACCGAUACCAAAUUUCACAUUGCUGAGUCUUUGUUUCAAAACAUUUGUCCAUGUGGAAACAAAAACAACCGAAAUUGUAGCCAUAAGUUGCCUGGUGAAUCGUCAUUUCAAUUUUGAACAAAAUCAACAACAACAAAAACAGAAAAAAUUUGAUCAACAUUUUUGUAUAAUAACAAAAUUAAGUGGACGUAAUGGUCGUGAUUUACCUGUUGAUUUUAAUCAUAAAAUGGCAUUAAAAGAUUAUGGAAAAACCAAAGUGGAAAUUAUGAUGAAUGAACGACAAUUAUUAACAUUUUUUAUGGCAAAAUUUCAACAAAUUGAUCCGGAUAUUAUUAUUGGUCAUGAUAUUUAUAAUUUUGAUUAUGAUAUUCUUCUACAACGAUUUGGUCAUUAUAAAAUCCCAUUGCAAUGGUCAAAAUUAGGACGUCUUAAAUGUUCGGGUAUACCGGCUACAAAUAAUCGUUCAACCAUAAAAGAUAAACAUCUAUUACAUGGCCGUUUAAUAUGUGAUAUAAAAUUAAUGAGUCGUGAAUUAUUAACACGUGCUAAAAGUUAUGAUUUAACUGAAUUAUCCAGUCAAUUAUUACGUAAAGGACGUUUUGAAAUUGAACAACAAUGUUUACCAAAUUAUUAUGAUGAUUCACAACGUCUUUUACGUUUGAUUGAAUUUCUUAUGAAAGAUAAUGAUCUUAUAUUAUCAAUUGCAUAUGAAUUGAAUUGUUUACCACUUUGUAAACAAAUUACAAAUAUUGCUGGAAAUUUAUUAUCGCGAACAUUGUUAGGUGGUCGAUCGGAACGUAAUGAAUAUUUAUUAUUACAUGCAUUUAAUCAACGUGGUUAUUUAGUACCGGAUAAAAUUGAUCGAUCAAUGAAAUCAAUAAACAAACAACAGCUACAACAACAACAAAAUGAUGUUGUUAAACAAUCAGAAGAAUCGGAAAUAAUGGUAGCAGCCGAUAAUAAAAAAUCAUCAUCAUCAUCAUCAUACACGGGUGGUUUAGUGCUGGAACCAAAAAUUGGCUUCUAUGAUCGUUUUAUUCUGUUGAUGGAUUUCAAUUCACUUUAUCCAUCAAUCAUACAAGAAUAUAAUAUUUGUUUUACAACAAUACGAUGUCAAUCAACAAAAAAUAAUAAUGAUGGUAAUUCGAUUGAUAUCGAAAUACCAAACAAAAAAACCGAUGAUAAUAAUGAAGGUAUAUUACCUGUUGAAAUUCGUAAAUUAGUUGAUUCAAGACGUGAAGUUAAACGACAAUUAUUUGAUCCAACAAUUUCAAAUGAUCAACGUUCACAAUUAGAUAUUAAACAAAAAGCAUUAAAAAUUACAGCCAAUUCAAUGUAUGGUUGUCUGGGUUAUGAACGUUCAAGAUUUUAUGCUAAACAUUUAGCAUCAAUGGUUACACAAAAAGGUCGUGAAAUUCUUUUGAAUACAAAAGAAUUGGUUGAAAAAAUGGGUUUUGAAGUUAUUUAUGGUGAUACUGAUUCGAUUAUGAUUUUAACACCAUGUACAAAAUAUGAAGAAGUUCGUGAUAUUGGCCGUAAAAUUCAGGCUGAAGUUAAUCAAUUAUAUCGUCGUCUUGAAAUCGAUAUUGAUGGUGUUUUUCGUUCAAUGUUAUUGUUGAAAAAGAAAAAAUAUGCAGCAUUGGCAGUGAUUCCAUCACGAGCGAAUAAUAAUUCUGAAUUACAAUAUGAACGUGAAAUUAAAGGUUUGGAUAUUAUUCGUCGUGAUUGGUCAUCAUUAGCUAAAAUGGCCGGUGAAACCGUUUUGGAUUUCAUUCUAAAACCAGAUCAAAAUUCACAAUUAAUUGUUGAUCAAAUUCAUCAAUAUUUAAAACAAUUAGCGGAAAAAAUACGUAAUGGUCAAUUGGAUUUAGAAUUGUUUGUCAUAAAUAAAGCAUUGGCUAAACGCCCGGAAGAAUAUGGUGAACAAGGAAAAAAUCUUACACAUGUUAUGAUUGCUACACGUUAUAAUCAAUUGAAUUUAGGAAAAAAACUGGGCUCAGGUGAUACAGUUCCGUUUAUCAUUUGUGUGGAUGGUACGAAAAAUUCCGCUACACAACGUGGUUAUCAUUUGGAUGAAGUACGACAAAAACUUUUAAAACAACAAGAAAAACAAAAAGAUGAUUCCGCUGGAGAUAAAGAUUCAACGUUUCAUAUUGAUAUUGAUUAUUAUCUUAGUCAACAAAUAUUUCCAGUUGUAUCACGUUUAUGUGAACCAUUGGAUGGUACUGAUACGGUUAUAUUGGCCGAAUUUCUUGGUAUUGAUUGUCAACAUCGUCAUGUUCAACGUAAUGGCAAUGAUCAACAAUCAUUGGAUCCAACAUUAUCGAUUGCUUGUGGUGAUGAAAAAUAUGAUUGUUGUGAUUCAUUAUUUCUUCGUUGUCCAUUCGAUAAUUGUCGGGGAAUUUUAGAAAUUCGUGAUCUAUUUUGUUUAUGGUCAAAUCGAAAAAUUCGUCGAUUAAAUUCGAAAGAAAUUUCGGAAAAUUUUAAACCCGAUCAACUAUUUGAAUUAACAUUGGAUGGUUGUCGACAAUGUCAUCGAAAAUUUGAUCCAAGAUUUAUGGAAUUUUAUUUUGAUUUAGAAAUUCGCCGUCAAAUUGAUUAUCAUGUGAAUCAAAAAUUUGGUCAACGUUCAAUGCAAUGUGAUGAUCGUGGUUGUUCGCAUCGAACUCGUUAUCUAUCCGGUAUGAUUACACAAAAACAUAUUGUCUGUCCACGUUGUGGUAAUGGAAAUCUUCAACCGGAGGUUUCUGAACAUUUUCUCUAUCAACAGCUAACAUUUUUUCAUCGUAUAUUUGAUUUUGAUUAUACAUUACAAAGAUUUCAUUUAUUAUCAUUACCGGAUGAAUAUCAAUGGAAUCUUCGUCGAAAAUUACUUAAACAAAAAUAUGGUGAUCUAUUUAAUCGUUUACAACGUACCGUACAAUAUUAUCUGGAUAAAAGUUCAUAUAAUGAAUUUGAUUUAGGAUUUUUAUUUCGUAAAUUUCGUUAUAAUAAUAAUAAUAAUGCAGCUGCUUCGAAAGUAAACUAAUUCAUUCAUUCAUCUUG